CGCCACCGUGAUCUACAUAGCGUCCAUCAAACUGCACGCAGAACAGUCGCAGGUCAAUGUCCGGCAAACCAUCCUACAUUCACUUGGUGGAAUCAUAAGUCGGAAGGGGAAUAUACAAUAGUCAUGGUGAGAAGAACAUCUACAGCGAGGGCAGCCAUGUCCCGUCCUGAUACCCCUCAGUCGGUAGAAAUGCCUUCGAAUAACCCUCCGGCCAGACGCACCUCCAUGAGACUAGCCCAGUCUUCCGUUGUCAACACUAGAAAGGAUAAUGUCCAGGGAGCAGAUAACGACGAGGAGAUGAGCGAUCUAAACACUGUCGGAUCUCUUCCAGGCUGCAGCUUACGAUCUUUGGAAGUUGCCAUUCCGAUAAAGAAAGAGUCACCCUCCUCUUCCGCUUCGAUUGAGGAUGUGUCGAGAAAUGGAUCGAACGGAUCCAAUACCCCGGCAACUAGUGUUGCUGUUACUCCUGCUGAGUCCGACGUUGGCAACCCCAAAAAAAGAGUCAAUGCUGCUGCUCGUGCCCGAGAACUACGCUCAAGCACAAUGUCACUCAACAGCACACGAGGUGUCAAAAGGUCUGCUGCUGCAAUAUCGGUCGACAGCUCUACCGCUGAGAAUUCGGAUGCUGCUUUAGCCCGUGACCUUCAGCUCAAAGAAUAUCAAAAGCCCCUCCCAAAGAGACAGAAAACUUUGACUGGUAGAGGUCUUGAUGAAAUUGGUGUCGAAGACUCUACCGAUGAUGAGAGUAUGCUUUCCGAUCUGGAUGUGGAUAAUGAUGAUGACUUCCAGCAAUGGCAGCCACCUCGCAAGACUAGAAACUCCCUUCGGUCAGCGGGAAACAUUGCCUCUCUGGAUAAUGAUGAUCAAAACGCCCUUGAUGAGGAAUUUGAAGAUGACUAUCAAAGUGACUCUGAGUCUAGCAGCUCCAAAGACUCGGCUUCGGCCGUUGAGGACGAAACACUCAUCUCUCGCAGGUCCAGAGCCGGAAACAAUGCUAGUGGACGUGGGCGAGGUGGGAGAGGUCGAGGACGAGGACGGACACAAGCCUCCCGGCUUUCUGAAUUUAGUAGGGUAACUUCUGGGAAUACAUGGAUGAGCUAUCGUGCAUUCAAAGAGCGACAGAAGCUUGAAAAGCAGCAUCCAACUAUCAUCAAGAUGUGGGAUGAUUUGAGGAACACCCCUCCAAUCACACCGGUGCCAGCAGAACAGCCUGCAGGUAUAUCGAGACAGUUGAAGCCAUUCCAGCUGGAGGGUUUGGAUUGGAUGGUGCGGCAAGAACAAACACACUACAAGGGUGGUCUGCUGGGUGAUGAGAUGGGUAUGGGCAAGACUAUUCAGGCUGUCUCUCUGCUCAUGUCCGAUUAUCCUGUUGGAAAACCGUCACUUGUCAUCGUACCUCCAGUUGCUCUAAUGCAAUGGCAAUCUGAGAUCCAGGAAUAUACAAAUGGCCAACUAAAGGUUCUCGUUUAUCACAAUUCAAAUUCCAAAGUCAAACAUCUUACGAAAAAAGAUCUAAAUUCCUAUGAUGUGAUAAUGAUAUCCUAUUCUGGCCUCGAGUCAUUGCAUCGGAAGGAAUGGAAAGGGUGGAAUCGCAACGAUGGGAUUGUGAAAGAAGACAGUGUUAUCCACUCCAUUCACUACCAUCGGCUCAUUCUCGACGAAGCACAUAGUAUCAAACAACGCACUACAAGUGUUGCACGUGCUUGUUUUGCUCUGAAAUCUACCUAUAAGUGGUGUCUUUCUGGGACGCCUGUACAAAACCGUAUUGGAGAGUUCUUCUCUCUUUUGCGCUUCUUGGAGGUUCGUCCAUUUGCUUGCUACUUCUGUAAGCAGUGCAAGUGUCAACAACUUCACUGGUCCCAAGAUGCAGAGAAACGAUGCACUUCUUGCAAACACAGCGGGUUCAGUCACGUUUCUGUCUUCAACCAGGAGAUCCUUAAUCCUAUCACUGAAAGAAAUAAUACCGAGGCUCGAAAGGAGGCAUUAUCCAAGUUGCGUCUUGUAACAGAUAGGAUCAUGCUCAGGCGGGUGAAGCGCGAUCACACUGCCUCAAUGGAACUUCCACCAAAACGGGUUAUUUUGCAUAAUGAAUUUUUUGGCGAAAUUGAACGUGAUUUCUCCAGGAGCAUUAUGACUAACUCUUCAAGACAAUUCGAUACAUACGUGAGCCGAGGAGUCAUGUUGAACAACUAUGCCAACAUUUUCGGUCUUAUCAUGCAGAUGCGCCAAGUUGCAAAUCAUCCAGAUCUCAUUUUGAAGAAACAUGCCGAAAACGGACAAAAUGUUCUCGUCUGCAGUAUUUGCGAUGAACCUGCCGAGGAAGCCAUUCGAUCUCGUUGCCACCAUGAAUUCUGUCGCCGAUGCGCCAAAGACUAUAUACGGUCAUUUGAUGCUGACUCCGUCGUUGAUUGUCCACGAUGCCAUAUUCCUCUUUCGAUCGAUUUUGAACAACCGGAUAUCGAGCAGGAGGAAGAGCACAUCAAAAAGAACUCGAUCAUCAACCGUAUUCGGAUGGAAGAUUGGACAUCCUCAACGAAAAUUGAGAUGCUUGUCUACGAGCUGUACAAACUGCGAAGCAAGAAACAAACUCACAAAUCAAUCGUUUUCUCUCAGUUCACAUCAAUGCUCCAGCUCGUCGAGUGGCGUCUGCGCCGAGCUGGCUUCAACACUGUCAUGCUUGACGGCACCAUGACACCAGCGCAGCGUCAGAAGUCAAUUGACUAUUUCAUGAAGAAUGUGGAUGUCGAAGUUUUCCUUGUGUCCCUCAAAGCCGGAGGUGUCGCUCUAAACCUGACUGAGGCAUCCCGGGUAUUUAUCGUUGAUCCGUGGUGGAAUCCCGCCGCGGAAUGGCAGAGUGCCGAUCGAUGCCAUCGUAUCGGUCAACGAAGACCCUGCGUCAUCACCCGGUUAUGUAUUGAGGAUUCGGUGGAAUCUCGUAUCGUUCUUCUCCAAGAAAAGAAGGCCAAUCUGAUCAACGGCACGAUCAACAAGGACCAAGGAGAAGCACUGGAGAAGCUUACUCCCGAAGACAUGCAAUUCUUGUUCCGGGGAUCGUGAUUACAAUAUGGGAAGCCAGAACCCUCGAGGAUCAGGCGCUACCCUUGUACAUUAGUAACUACCACUUGCAGGCUCAAGCUGUUUCAUACGAUCCGGUCAGAAAGAUCAAUUUUCCACGGCGAAUUGCCUGGGACGACAUGAUAUGAAUUACUUUUGCUCAUUUUGUUCCAUGCAAGCCGGUAUGGGUCCACUCAAGCCAAUACCGUUGGCCAUGAAAUAGAAUAAAUGCGAGAGAAAGGGAAGGGGCAAAAAACAAGAAAGAAAAGAAAAAUAUGAUAAUGACCAUCCAAAGACCUAUUUAAUAAACAGAC